AUGGUUGAGGAUAUAGACCAUGUCGGCUUCAACUGUCUGGAAAUGGCACCGAAUACUGAAGCAAAAGUUGUAGACAGCGACGGUCGGAUAGUGAAGAAAAACACGGUCGGGGAACUCCUUGUACGCGGACUACAGGCAUUUGACAGGUACCUUAAUAACGAGGAAAGUACCAUGGCUGCCGUUACUCCGCAGCAUUGGUUGAAGACCGGUGACCUCGUCACCAUGAACGAUGACAGCAGCAUCCGCUUUGUUGGAAGGAUGUCAGACGCCAUCAGGAGGGCCGCCGUGCUAAUAUAUCCUGUUGAAGUCGAGGUGGUGAUCUCUAAACACCCAGAGGUGGAUCAGGUCGUUGUGGUAGGAGUUCCUGAUGAGAGAUUCACCCAGGAGUUAUGCGCAUGCGUCAUCCUGACCUACAGUCCUGGAUCCUCGAAGGAACGCCUGGGUACCAUUAAGGCAUGGACGUCGGAUCAGUUUCCUCCAGGUCCGGACGGUCUUUUCCUUGCGCCCAAAUAUUUCCUCUCCUUCCAGGAUUUCCCUAAAACAUAUAAUGGGAAAACGAGUCGACGCGAUAUUUCAAAGAUUGCUGCUGAAAAAUUUAGAUAUUGA